CCCAGAAGGCAGGGCCAGUAGCAGUCUGCUGUCGGCUCGUUUAGUGUUUGCAGGAAUCCAUUGUGGCGCGAGGAUGGAGAGAACUGUCACUUGUGUUCUCUUUCUUUCUUUCUUUUUUCGUCCGUCUCUAACACACAGCUGCUGGAUUGUAACUUUGUAACCUGGCAGCCUGAGCCUGGAUGUGCUCGGUUAAAUCCGCUGGAUGUUGUUGCCUUUAACUGGAAAACAGAAGAAGAAGACGCUUCAGAGAUGAAGAGGAAACAACUGAUGCCACUGCGAGACAACAAAGGAGACACGCGUGUGAUUCCAUCCCUUUUAAGACACGCUCUCUGCUCCUCCGCCUGGAAAAGAAGAAGAAGAAGAAGAAGAGGAAGAAAAACAGGAAACAUUAAGUGCUGCGAGUCUUGGACAGAUCCUGCAGACUGAACGCAUCAGGAGGAGACGUUUGAGCAUCAUCUGACACACAGGCAUGAGAGGAUGCUGCUGGACCCCGCUGACUCUAACCAAGGUGCCUCAUGGUCCGUGGCUCUCAGCCUCCAUUGAAUCUGGGAAGAAAAAUAAUCUGUCCGUGAAGAAUAAUCCGUCCCCAUUGGCUGGCGUGCUGUGCACAUGCUAUAACAACAGGAUAUGCAAAGAGCCAUGGGCUGCUACAGCCUAUCAUGUUUUUCUGACCGAGUACUGUAUUUAAAUUGAAAAUGAUAUGAGCACUGCUGCUGCUGGAGAAGCUAUAAAUACAAUUACAAACAACAGUUCAUAAGAAAAAGAACAGUAAUGAUGAUACAAAAUGUUGGUGGUUAAUUGUGAGGGACCUGGCUCAGGGACAGAGCUCUCCUGUGUGUCUGUGUGUGGAGUGUAGGUUCCAGCUGCUGAAGAAUGUUUAAGUACCGGAUCAGGCUGUUUUUCAAUGAACUCAAAGUGUUGUUACUGAUGCGCUCUGGAUCAAGCAGGAGGACUGACACGCACACACACACCAGGAUGCGAGGGCUUAUAGGAGGCUGCGGUUGGCCGCCGCUCAACUGCUCUCACCGGGACGACGAGGAGGAAUAUUACGGCUCCUCUGACCCACGGCCACGCAGCCUGGCACUUGAGGAUAAAGAGGAUGAAAAAUCCCUGGAAGGAGGAGGAGGAGGAGGCCUGGACGCUGCUUCCCUCCCGAGUCUCUCAGAGAGCGGGACGCGAUCACCUCAGUGCCGGAUCUGCUUUCAGGGACCUGAGAAGGGGGAGCUGUUGAGCCCCUGUCGCUGUGCCGGCUCUGUGCGCUGUACUCACCAAUCCUGCCUUAUACGUUGGAUAAGUGAGAGAGGCUCCUGGAGCUGUGAGCUGUGCUACUUCAAGUACCAGGUUCUGGCCAUCAGCACCAAAAACCCACUGCAGUGGCAGUCCAUCUCCCUGACUGUGAUUGAGAAGGUGCAGAUCGCGGCCAUUUUCCUGGGUUCCUUGUUCCUCCUGGCGAGCAUCUCCUGGUUGGUGUGGUCUUCUCUCAGCCCGUCGGCCAAAUGGCAGCGGCAGGACCUGCUCUUUCAAAUAUGCUACGGCAUGUAUGGCUUCAUGGACAUAGUUUGCGUAGGCCUUAUAAUCCAUGAGGGAUCGUCUGUUUACCGGAUCUUUAAGCGCUGGCAGGCUGUGAACCAGCAGUGGAAAGUGCUGAAUUAUGAGAAAGCGAAGGACUUAGGUGACCCCUCCAGUUCCAGCAGUAAAGGCGGCGCUGGUCACGUUGUCGUGAGGGAUCCGUCUCACACGGUCGCAGACGGCGAGCGGCAGGCGAGUCGGCACGUCAGGACUAUUCUCCACCACCACCACUGUGGCUAUACCUUUUUGUACAUCCUCAGUCAGUUAAGACCCAACCACCUGCACAAUGCAAACCAAGAAGUGGUCAUGAGGGUGACCACUGUAUGAGGCUGGGAUGAAAUGUCCUUUAGUGUUUAAGAAGGAAGUAAAAUAUACUUAGAAUUUAAAAAAAAUGAAGAAAGAAAAAUCCUUAUGUGCCACAUAAACCCGUUCACAAGUAGUUUUAUAUUUUGUUUGAUGAAUACCCUGAGGCUCAAAGUGAACAGCCAGAAAUAAAUCUGAGGUUCACACAAAGGGACAACAUACAGUUUUUUUUUUACCCGAGUCUUUGAUCUCAUGACGAAUUAAAGGAAAAAAAAGCUAAUUUUUUAAUAAAAGAAAAAGCUUUGAUUCUCAAAGCUGUCAGCAUUUUACCGUCAUUACACAGUGUAAUUGAGCUGUUUUUGUAUUGCUAUUGUCAAUUUUGAUCCGUCUCUAAAUUUUAAAGUGUAUUUGAUGUUAGAAAUGACUUAAUCCAUGCUGCAUGCUGAGGCUGUGCGUAGCACUGUUGCCUCACCAUAAGAAGGUCACCUGUUCGAAUCCCGGUUUGACCAAGGGCCUUUCUGUGUGGAGUUUGCAUGUUCUCUCCAUGUGUCCAAAACAUGUGGAGGUUAAUUCAAUUGACUGUAGGUGUGAAUCUGAGAGUGUCCAUUUGACCUGUCCAUUUUUACCAUAUGUCAGCUGGGAUUUAUUCCACAUGUUCCCAGACAGGUUUCAAUGAAUCAGAGAAAAAGCCCAAUCUUUUUUUUACAUCUUACCCAAUUGCUUAAAUUAUCCCUAAACAACAUUUCCUGUUUUAUAAUAAAGACGGUGGUGUUUUUAA